AUGGCGACGCUAUUGCUACUUGUACUCUUUCUCCCUCUCCUCCUUUGCCUGGGCGUCUGGUUCGCCGUUCGAAACAACAACAAGGCCAUUAUUAUACCAAACUGGCCGGUCGUUGGCAUGCUUCCGUCCUUGCUGUGGAACGUGUCUCACGACCUCCUCCACGACUUCAUCACCCGCGUUAUGAAACAGAGCGGAGGCACUUUCAUGUUCAGAGGGCCGUGGUUCGCCGGCGUCGACUUCCUCAUCACCGUGGAUCCGAUGAACGUCCACUACAUCCUCAGUAAGAACUUCACCAACUUCCCCAAGGUAAGGACUAGCGGCGAUUGA